UCCAAAGAUAAAUAAUAUAUCACAUGAGAUGUGUAAAAAUUUCGAAUUAAGUAUUUUAAAAAGAUAAGAUAUAUGUUUUUCUAAAGAUGAGAAGAAAAAAGUGUUAUCUUUUUUUUUAUACGUUCAUUUUACUUGAUAACAUUUUAUGUACUAAUGUGAUAAAAGCUGUGUUGUAAUUUAAACAUAACAGUUUGAUAACUAAUAUUAAGAAUCUUAUACAGGGUGUAGCAAUUUUUAUUUUGUAUUCAAUUUACUUUUUUAUAGUAUUUGAAAAUAACAUCAUGAAUAUGUUAUAUUUAAAAACAUAAACAUGUUAAAAAUUUAAAUAGUAAAUUACUGAAUAAGAAUGUAAUUCAGUAUAAUUUUAUUUUUGUGCAUGUGAUACGAUACGAAAAAAUUUAAUGAUCAUAUAUUUGUAUUUAUUUAUUAUUGAUUAUAAUCAUACAAUCACAAAGUGUAUCAAAUUAGUACCAUUGGUAAUAUAAUUUCCAAAAAAUGUCCAGUAUGUAUUUGUACAUAUAAUUUUUUUUGAAUAAUCCUGUAUUCCAUUAGUUUUAUUAUUAUUAUCAACAAAAAUGAUAAAUUCACAAUAAGAGGGGCAUUACCAUGAGAAAUGAUAUUAUGAAUUACGCCAGAACAAAGAUCCAUAUAAUGCUAGUUAUUAUAGAUCAAUCAGUUCCAACUUGUAUUUACAUUUUCAUACUACAAGAAUCAAGGAUAUCAAAAAGAAAUGAUGAUCCGCUUCCUACGAAAUAAGUUCUCAAAUUGGUCAAUCAAACAAAGUAGAUAUAUGUCAACAAAUUUAUCUAUUACAGCAUCGAAAGUUCAGUUACCAGAAUUUGCAGAUGUUAUAAUAAUUGGUGGUGGUAGUGCAGGAUGUCAUGCUCUUUAUCAUUUGGCGAAACGUGGGAUUAAUACAAUACUUUUAGAAAAAUCGAAAUUAACUUCUGGUACAACAUGGCAUACUGCAGGUCUAAUAUGGAAUCUACGUGGUGUUGAUGAUGUUGAAAUGGAAUUACUAAAUGUUUCUAUCAAUGUACUCUCAUCUUUAGAAAAAGAAAGUGGCAUUAACCCAGGAUGGAUAAAUAAUGGUGGUCUUUAUAUCGCUCAUACUAAUGAGAGAAUGGCAGAAUAUAAACGCUUGGUCACAGCUUGCAAAGCAUUUGGUAUUGGUGCGCAUAUAAUUUCUCCUAAUGAAGCAAAAGCAAUAUUUCCACUUUUAGAUGAAAAAAUUUUUCAAGGUGCAAUUUAUUCUUCAAGAGAUGGAACAGUAGAUCCUGCUAUGUUGAUUAAUUCCUUGUCAAAAAUAGCAAAAAAUUAUGGUUGUAAGAUAAUAGAAAACUGCCCAGUAACUAAAAUAUUAACAAAAGAAAAUAUAUAUGGUUUGAAACAAGUUUUUGCUGUAGAAACACCAUAUGGACAAAUUAAUACUAACAUUGUACUUAAUGCUUCUGGAGCUUGGUCAAAUGACAUAGCUAAAAUGGUAGGUUUAAAUAUUCCAUUAAUACCGAUAAAACAUGCAUAUGUUGUUACUGAAGCAAUAGAAGCUGUUAAAAAUUUACCGAAUGUAAGAGAUCCAGAUAUCAGUUUAUACUUUAAAGUACAGGGUGGCUCUAUGAGUAUAGGAGGCUAUGAAAAAUAUCCUAGUAUGCUACAAUUGGUACCUAAGGAUUUUGCAUUUAGUUUAUAUGAGUUAGAUUGGAAUGUAUUUAAUGUACAUAUGGAGUCAAUGGUUCAAUUAAUGCCAAAACUUGCAAAUACUGGUAUAAAAGCAACAGUUUGUGGCCCAGAAAGCUUUACACCUGAUCACAAACCUAUUAUAGGUGAGGAUCCACGUUGUUCAGGCUUUUAUUAUUCUUGUGGAUAUAAUAGUGCAGGAAUGAUGUUUGGUGGUGGAUGUGGAGAACAGGUAGCAUUAUGGAUAAUUAAUGGACGUCCUGAUAAACAUAUGUUUAAAUAUGAUAUUCGAAGAUUUAUACCAGAACAAAUGAAUAAUUUAGUUUGGGCUACUGAAAGAUCUCAUGAAGCUUAUGCAAAAAAUUAUGAUGUGGCUUUUCCUCAUGAUGAACCAUUAAGUGGCAGAAAUCUCAAAACUGACCCUUUUCAUGAUCUACUUGUUGCGGAAGGAGCAGUUAUGGAGGAACGUCAAGGAUGGGAGAGACCAGGAUGGUUUCUAAAAAAUAAAACAGUGACUAUUUUGCCUUAUAAAUAUGACACAAUGAUAAUUAAAGGAAAUGAUGAAUAUAAACAAAUUUUAGAAACAGAAUGUACAUUCGACUUUCCCUUCUAUCAUAAUACAAUACAGGAAGAAGCAUUGGCCUGUAGAACUAAUGUAGUACUGUUCAAUAUGUCUUAUUUUGGAAAAUUCUAUCUUUGUGGGCCAGAUGUACAAAAAGCUGCAGAUUAUCUUUUUACAUCAAAUACUAGAAGAAAUUUUAAUAGAAUAAUUUAUACUUGUAUGCUUAAUCACAAAGGAGGUAUAGAAGGAGACUGUACUGUUACUAGUAUAGAACCGGGUUCAAGUGGUAUUGUUGAUCCUAUAUUUAAGGACAAAGCAUUUUACAUAGUUUCAAGUGGAUUAUCAACAUAUCAAACAUGGGCUCAUAUUCAUAAUGUUAUAAAAAAGAACAAUUUUGAUGUUAUGUUGCAUGAUACUACAGAAAAAAUAGGCAUUCUAUCUAUACAGGGCCCUAAAAGUAUAUAUCAUAACAAGCAAUGGAAAUCUAGCCAGCAAGUACUACAAACACUGAUAGAAGAUGAAUUAUCCAGUGAAAAAUUUCCAUAUUCAACUAGCAAGUUAGUACAAAUAAAAAAUGAAACAGUACGUAUAUUCAGACUUAGUUUUGUUGGUGAAAAUGGUUUUGAACUUCAUAUACCAAAGCAAUCAUGUAAAAAAAUUUACGAAACUGUAACUGAAGCUGGUCGAAAGUAUAAAAUGAAACUAGCUGGAUAUCGAGCAUUAUAUAGCUUAAGUUGUGAAAAAGGAUAUCAUCUGUGGGGUUCAGAUCUAAGAAUAGAUGAUAAUCCUUUGGAAGCAGGUUUAGAAUUUAUUUGUCGCAAAACUGGUACAUAUUUAGGAAAAACAGCAAUUGAUCAACUUUACACAAAUGGAAUCAAAAAGAAAUUAGUACGUCUAUGUCUCAAUAGCAAUAUUCCCAUGUGGGGAUUAGAGACUGUAUAUAGAAAUAGUCAAUUAGUUGGAUAUGUUAGAAGAGCAGAAUAUGGCUACACAUGUGGCAAUAGUAUUGGACAUGCAUAUAUUAAACAUCCUAAUGGAGAAAAUAUAACAAAUGAGUAUUUACAAACAGGAAUUUAUGAAAUUGAAGUUAUGGGAAAAAAAUAUUCUGCUAACAUAUAUUUAAAAAGUUCAUUUGAUCCUCGAAAUAAACAACUGUAAGGCAUAUGCUAAACUUAAUAUAUAGUUUUACAUAUGAUAGACAACUAUACUUUUUCGAAUGCAGUAGACUGUCUAGGUCUUUUAUACUCGGAUCUGAUUUUUUAUUGUUUUAAGUUUUGGAAAAAUUUGAACAAAUUAUGAAAUAUUUAUCAGUCUUUUCUUUAAGCUACAAUUAUUUAUUAAGUCAAAUGUUUAACAUAUUUCUUCAAUAAAAAUAAAAAUUCAAAAGAGAGUCCGGAAAACAAAAAUUUGUUUAAAAAUACAUAAUCUUCAAAUAAAUAAAUAUUGAAAAAAGUUAUUGUAAGGUUUUACACAUAAAACUACGACUUUUCACGAAAAUAAAAAGAAAAUUUGCAAAAUCUUUGAAAAGUAUAAUUAUAUUGAGGUCUAAAAGUAGAGAAUUUUUGUAGCGAUUAAUGCAAUAAGUAUGCUGAAAGCAAGAUUUUUUAAAAUAAAUAAUCAUUUAUUAGUGAAAUAAUACAAAUAUAUAUUUUAUUUAAGUAGAAAAAAUAAAGAAUAAGUUUAUAAAAACAUAAAGUCAACAUUUAUAACGCAUAAUCAGUGCAACAACAUAUAGGGAUUUUGCAUAUUGCCCUCUCGCAUAAAGCAUAAUAAUGCAAUAUUUCUUUAUCUAAUUUUAAUGGAUACAUCGUGCACUGCUUGCAUUUGCUAAGUAUUUGUACAAUUACUACUCCAUGAUAUUUUUUACUAUAUUUACAACAUAAAGGACAUCGAAUGUAAAUAAUAUCGAUGUCAGUUAAAAAAUUUUAAAAAUAUCAGCAACCAAAAUUGCAUCAAGACUCAAAAGUGAGCUGCAUAAAAAUGUAAGUAUCAAUAUGAUAGAUAAUUUUUUAUGAAGAAGGAUUACCAUGGAACAGAAAGGCUAUAUGGAAAUUAAUAGAAAAAAGAGAUUAAAAUUCAUAAAAAAAUACGUUAAUAUGCCAAUUGAGUUCUGAAAUGAAUAAUCUUCACAGAUGAGAGCAAAUUUGAUAUCUUUGGCUUUCAUGAAUCAUUCAUAGUAUGAAAAAAAAAAAGAUAUAUAUAUAGAAUUCGACAAACAAAACUUGUAAUCCACUGUAAAUCAUAAUGGAAGAUUUUUUUAGUUUGGGAAUGUAUAAAUAUUAUUGGUGUUGAAUCUCUCCAUUUUAUUGACAGCAUUAUGAACUACAAAAUGUAUAUUGAUAUUUAAAAAAAUAAUCUUUAUCAAAAUGCAGAGAGAACGAGUUUAAAAGAUAAUUUCAUCCUUAUACAAAACAAUAAUCCGAAACACAAUGCUAUUAAUAUACAAAUGUGAAUCUUAUAUAAUGUUUGGAAAUACCCUCACAGUCAUUAGAUAUAAACAUUAUUAAAUACAUAUGGGAUCAUUUGAAACAAGAAAUAUAGUUUCACUAUAUUUUAUUAAAAAAUUAUUUAAAGGGAGUACUUAUAGAAGAGUAGGAUAAAAUUUCAAGUUUCACUACACAACUUCAAGCUAUAAUAAAAUCAAAAAAGAGAAUUCUACCAAAUAUUAAAACAAUUAAAUUAAGUGAUUUGUUGUAUUUUAGAUAAUAAAUCUUAUUAGUUUU